GGGAGCACUCGCAACAGAAAUUCGAGCUUCAGAUAGAGCCGUGGGUGACUGGCAGAAUGUUUUUUGACUUAAAGUGCGCACGGUUUUUUAAUGAGAGGCACCGGCUGUACUUUGUUGAAUGUUAGUUACCAUUUGAAGUGCUAGAGAAGGUUUUCUUGACCUAUUUUUUUCUAUUUUUUGGGGUUGAUGGGAGGUUAUGGUCUUGUAGGGAGGAGGGUUGGCGAGGUUAUCAGAUGUUGCUGGAAAAUUGUAUCGGGGUGUUAGGGUUUUUUUGGUUCUUCUGUAACGCAUGAAGAAAGAGCACCAUGAGUGUGCGGAUGCUGAGCCGCCCGGGUUCUUCAGCAGGCUCCGCGCAGGCAGCGCAUCAAGGUGGAAGUUCCUCUGGUGCCGUUCCGACCUCGCCUCCUGUUCUGCCUAAAUCUCCCUCAAUUUUUGUUUCUCCGUCUUGGUCACCGGGUUCUGGUCCAGCUUCAUCCCCUUCCGCGGGUCUUGCCUCUUCUCUUUCCGAUGGUGGUGUUUUUGGUGCCGAUUUCUCUGGAAACGAAUUCUCAGCAAUUGACAUCGCGGAUUUACGGGAUUCUGCACCAAAGAUUGUCCUGCCAGCCCCUUACGAGGACGAAGAUUUGACGGACUCUCACAAUGAGCAAAUAGUUGUAGUCGGUGUGAUAAGCAGGCUGGAGGAUGAAGCCUCACAACUUUUGGACCGCAUUCUUCUUGCUCAAAUUUUCUCUGGCAGAAAAUGUGCAAGUUCCUCGGAACGUAGAAAUUUUCAAGGGGUCCAGGAAACGGUGAGGAUCUCAAACCCUAAUUUCUCAGCGGCUGGAUGUGAUGAUGCAUCACGGAGUCCCAAUCCUCAAAGAAGUGAAACAGAGAGAGCGCCUUCACAUGAUAAUGGCUUCAUCAGAAAGAGAGGUUUGGUUAAAGGUAGAGGGAAAUCUGACGAAAGUAGUAGAAGUAGGGAUGGAAGCCAGAGGGACUUCAAUGCAGGUUUUAGAGAUGGGGACGCUCAAUCAAAUGCUUCUCAGAAGACGAUAGGUAAGACCGAGAGCAAGCCUACCGGUAAUGCGGUUGAAAGGGAUUGGUUAGAUGGAAAGAUAAAAAAUUACUACGAUCGAGAGAAAGGUAUAUUGUACGUUCAGUAUGUCUGGGGUUCUCUGCCCUGUGAUUGUUUGAAGGAAGAUAAUCGAGCUGGGGAGAAUCUGUCUGAGACAUUGGAGCGACAUGAAGCUGACAGUUUUCGCGGCUUACUAUUCAUGUUUUCUGUGUGUCAUAUACUCUUGAUUGUUCAAGAGGGAUCACGUUUUGAUCCUCGUUAUCUUCGGAUGUUUCGAACUUUGCAAACUGCAAAGCAUGCUCUUGCUCCUUUUGUCAAGUCUCAAGUGCUUCCAAAUGUCCUCCCUCAACCCACCAGCAGAUCUUCCUCGUCUUUCCGUGCAGGGGCCCCAUCCCGAGACACAGUCGGAAGGAGCGGGGUUGGGGUAACCACUGGCCGACAAAGCUCUUCAAAUGGGUCUCUGGGUGGUGCAGUUCCUGUUUUGUAUCCCGGACAGUGCACGCCUGUUGCUCUUUUUGUAUGUUUGGAAGAAUUCGUGGAAUCAACAUCUGGAGGUAAUAAACCUGGGUCCGCUAUUGAAGAUACAAUUAAUGGUUUAGCGAUUUCAAGCAUUUUGCAUAGCGGGCCAGGGACUUCUUUAUCUCCUGACAGUACUUACAGCAGACCGUCAAAGUCUUCGCAAUCGAGCUCAGGGUUGAGCAGGCCUGGAAGCAAGACUGAAGGAGGUGUUCGUAAGAAGAUGCAAGCAUCGCUUGAGACGCAGAUUAGGUUCCUUCUGAAAAAAUGUCGAACGCUUGCCAAUGUAGUAGGGGAAGGCGGUUCCUCUGGCUCUGGAGCAGCUGCUCUCCGAGGGCUUGGUGGUGGCGUGAAUACUUUUGGUGGAGCUACCAGUGGCGGUGCACUUUUUGCAUUGGAUCAAACCAGAGCUGCUGUUUUCGUAGAUAGAGUUUCUAAUCGACCAGGAGCUGGUCUUGAAGAAAUUUCUGGUGUACUUGCGAGUCAUAUGCGGAGCUCGGAAGGACUUUCCACUCAGACACUAAACCUUACAGAAUAUUCUGAGCCAGUGUUGGACGAUAUACAAGCCAUAAGGGAUUUUUUGUUGAGGCAUACAGAAAUUUUGAGAGGGAGGGGGGCCACAGCCAGUACCACAACAGGCAAUUCUGGCGGUGCUGGUAUGGUUGCUGCUGCAGCAGCUGCAGCUGCUGCAAGCGCAUCUGGAGGGGCCAACGGAGCCACAAAGCCCCUGCAUAUUCCACCUGAUCUCCCAACUGUGACUGUUUGGUUUUCUGCUUCUCAGAUUCUUGCAGAUGCUCUAACUUCAUCAUGGGAAAAUCGUGAAACUGUUAACACCGAACUUUCAGCUGUUGAGAAAAAUGAGAAUACGAAGGCCCAAGAGAGCUCUCCCCGCAAAAGUACUAGGAGGUACUCUCAAUCGUCCCAAAGCCUGACAAAUGCAAAUCCCUCCAGCGGGACAUCAAAUUUGUCAACUGUGGCUCGGCAGCGAGUAUAUUCUCUAGAUGGAGUUAUCUCCAUUCUAGACAGUGCGAUUGACAUUGAUCACAAGUUUUCCAAGAAGUGGUGCCAGAGAUCGCUUCCGAUCGCUCUAGAGGUUUACUUGAAAGACCUUCCGUCUACAUAUCCAACAGUUGUCCACAAUACUCACCUUCAGAAAGCCCUUGCUGUGUUCCAUAACAUGGCCAGAGGGCCAGCAGUGUCGUCGUUUGUUGAGAAGUUGAUUCCAAGUUGCGAAGCUAUUUGGCUUGCUGGACGGCAGCUGUGUGAUGCUGUAAGCCUCACAGGAAAUCCUUGUAGACAUCUUGUGCAUGACGUGGUAAAUGCAGAGGUAAAUCUCUUGGAAGUGUCCGAGGCUGGAGGAGAGACUUCGGAUAAAGUGCUCAAGAAGGAUAUGAAAGGAGGGGGUUCAUGCAAGCCACACUCAAGCGGUGUGGUGUUUCUUCAUGCUUGUGCAUGUGGUCGCUCUAGGAAGUUGAGGAAGGACCCCUUUGAUUUUGAGAGUGCAAAUGUGACAUUCUUUCAAUUUUCUGGUUGUGAGGACAUGUUACCUUCUCUGGCCUUGCCUGCUAGCAGUGGUGUGAAUCAUCUGGGUGGUUCAUCCUGGAGCCUUGUCCGUCUAGGGAGAGCACGCUACUACCAUCCCGGUCAUGGUUUGAUGCAAGUAGGGUUCAUUCCCGAAUAUAAGCAUUUGUCAGUGUGGGAUAUUGUGAUACUGUUUGAAAGCAGUUUUGCGACAGUUACCCUGCCAGCGAAAACAGACAACUCUCUGCAGCCCCACAAAGCAGGAAUAGAGCGUGACCAAUCUUAUCAUGCCCUUUUCAUACCUCAGAAUGGCUCAAUAGAUACUAAAAAUGAGGCUCAUGUAGAGCCGACUUUUUCUAGUAAAGUCACCGGAAACGGGUCAUUUAGUGAGAGCAAUAGGGUGGUUGCCAAUACCUCGACUUCUAGGAUGGACAAAAUUAAGAUGAACACGAGCUCCUCAUCAAAUGUCAAUUAUGGUGGCGAUUCUGCUUUUCCUCCCUUGCCACAAAAAGAGAAGAAGCUGCAGUCACUGCAGGCACCCCAAAAAUCUCUGAAACCUUCGUAUGUUGAGGAAAGACACGAUGCCGUGGAGGACACCCCUUCAGGGGUAAGGAAUGACACGUUAGAGCAUAACGUGGCGCAUACUAUGGCUUCUUUGAAAACCGAUGCAGAGGUAGAACAGUCUACCAAUGAUGCACACUUGUUUGACUUCGACCAAACAUCGAAUGUUCAGCGUGUUCAAGUAUAUAUUGGCUUUGAGCAUGAAUGCCCUCAUGGACACCGCUUUUUGCUAUCUGCUAACCAUGUUCAGAGUUUAGGAGUAUCUUACCCUCAACCUGAUAUUGUGGAAUCAGAGCAAAGUCCACAGAUACAUGUUAAAGAUGAACAACCUGUGACCACAGCUUUAACUCAUGGAGGCGCUGUUUUUGGUAAAAGGGCCGGAGUAGACUCAGAUGCUAUGAGAAUACUGAAAGGUUCUGGAGAUGGACAUGCACUAUUGGGGAUGGAUCUGCCCAUUUUUAUGCACUGUCCUCAUUGCAAGGCUUUGUCGAGCCGUGAGGAAAACGAGGAGGGCAUGGUUUAUGGGGGAUGUGUAUCUCAGCUUCAACGGAUAUUUUUGGUCACACCUCCGAUUCCCUUGAUACUUGCUACUCAAGCGGUUGUUCAAUUUGAGGAAUCAUUAUCAUUGAGCUCAUCGAAGUUGAACAAACAAGUUAUCUCCAAACCCGUGGUUCAUCCACAGCAGGCAGUUGAGCAAGAUCUCAAGUUUGAACCGGAAGUGGUGCUACCACCUGAUAGUUUCCUUGUGCUCCGUUUGCCAUUUGUUUAUCACACUGUUGAAACAAAUGGUAAGCGUAGGCCUCUGAGUUACAACAAAGAUGCACCAGAGCGUUCAGCUUGGCUUGUCAAGGGCACUGCACUUCGCCUGCUUGCAAGAGGAGCUGGAGCCAUGGAAGCACUUGCAUUGCAUUAAAAAAUCAGUGUUUGAACAGCAUGGGACUUCAACUAUCGUCAGGUGGUGCAUGACAAAGCCUUAAGAUAGUUGCCCUAUCAGAGGACUCUCGAAUGUCAUUCAUUCAAGCACUCGAUAUUCCAAAUGGCUUGUGAUUUGUUCUCUGGUGUAUAGUCAGGAUUGUAGGUGGCGAAUAUACCCGAUACUACUGAGGAUACCAAGAAGAGUGUAUCACGAUACUCGGAAAGGAGCUGGGGAGGCUGGCCUGGCUAGAAAUGUUGUCUUCAGUUAAAUUACUGGAGCUCUUCUGCCAAAAAAGUGUUGUGUGGAGCGGCUUCUUGUGUCAAUAACAUGAUCAUUCGCUCAGACAUGCAGGAUGUCAUAAUGACCUAAAGAAGUGGAGCCAGCAUCGAAAGGAGGGAUGGAGCUUACUUCAAUCCGUGUAGUUCUUUGGUAGAAUUGAAAACAUGAGUUAUGUUUACUAUCGGUAGCAUUGGAAUUAUUAGUUUAGAAUUUUAUAGAGAUCAAGGAGGCGCUUUAUGUUCAUUCACUCCUCGCACCGAAUUGGUUUACGAAUCCCUUUGCUUACUUAUGAACUUCGAGCAGGGGAAAUAAAUUUGUGAUUCUAAGUCUGUGCCAUCCAGCUA